AUGUUCACCAACUCAAGAAAACUGAAAAGAUAUUUGGCAUUUCUGGUGUCUCUCUGCCUCCUUUAUGUAUUUGGAGCCUUUCACCAUUUACUAGAACGUGAUUUUUACGACGAUUUUCACUAUCCUUAUGAUGGGGAGAUAGAAUCGUUUGUGGAGAGCCUGAAAGCCCAUUCAAUACCGGAUGUAGCACCAAUAAACAUGUAUUAUUUUGAAUACAGUAAAACUUGCCAUGAAAAAUGUGCCAGAGUGAAAGAGAUAAGGCUGGUAUAUCUCAUCAAGUCCUCCCCAGAGAAUUUUGAUCGGCGUAAUGCUAUAAGAAGCUCUUGGGGGUAUGAGCGACGAUUUUCAGAUGUGGAGAUAAGAACUGUAUUUUUGGUAGGCAAUCGAGACUCAAAAAGUUUACAAGAUUCUCUGAAUGAGGAGUAUUCCAAGUAUAAAGAUAUAGUCCAUGCGAACUUCACAGAUACUUACUACAAUAACACUUACAAAACCAUGAUGGGCUUACAGUGGGCUACUAAAUUCUGUUCUAACUCUAAAUUCUACAUGUUUGUUGAUGAUGACUACUAUGUUUCUACAAAAAACGUACUUAGGUUUGUUCGGUACCCCACUAACUAUCCAAAAUACUUGAAAGAUCCAUUUGGAACAAUGAAUGAACUCCUCAAAAUUGGACGUAGACCACAGGAAUUGACUUUUGAGCUGGAAAAUGAUGUUAGGCUGUACACUGGGUGUUUAGUUGACUCUUCCCCUCUUAGACAUUUGACCAGCAAAUGGUAUGUGUCAUUAAAAGAGUAUCCUUAUCACAAGUGGCCUGUUUAUAUUACUGCUGGGGCUUAUGUUUUGUCCAGAGCAGCCUUGAUAGAUAUGUACUAUACAAGUUUUUACACUGAACAUUUUAGGUUUGAUGAUAUUUACCUAGGAUUGUUGGCAUACAAGGCCAAAAUUGAGCCUUUACAUUGUGAGGAAUUUUAUUUCUAUAGGAAGGAUUAUGACAAAUUUAGGUUCAAAUAUGUUGUAGCUAGUCAUGGAUAUGGAGAUCCUAGAGAGUUACUCCAUAUUUGGACUGAGCAGAAAAGUUUAGGAAAUGUAUAA